UUUGCAGUGAGGCAGAGUUGGAGUGAACCAGCUGUUAAAGGGACCCCACCUACUCCUAGGGACAGCCAUAGUUGUUCUGUUGUUGGUGAUAGUCUUUUUGUGUUUGGGGGUACAGAUGGGACCAGGCUGCUGAAUGAUUUGCAUAUUCUAGACAUUUCUUCACAUACAUGGAUUUUUCCAACUGUGAGAGGGGAAGCACCAGAGGCACGGGAGGGUCAUGCUGCUGCAGUUAUUGGCAAACGACUAUUUGUAUUUGGUGGUUGUGGGAGAUCUGCAAAUAAUACUAAUGAUGUGUACUACAAUGACCUUUACAUAUUAAAUACAGAAACAUAUACAUGGCAGCGUGCUACAACAUCAGGCACUCCACCAUCUCCUCGAGAUAGCCACACUUGUUCAUCUUGGAAAAACAAAAUUAUUGUGAUCGGUGGUGAAGAUGAACAAGAUUAUUAUCUGUCUGAUGUUCAUGUUCUAGAUACUGAUACUCUUAUCUGGAGCAAAAUGUGUACCUCUAGCCAAUCAUUGCCACCUCGAGCUGGUCAUUGUACAGUUUCUUUGGGCAACAGUUUGUUUGUUUUUGGGGGCUUUACAGAAGCUCAAUGCCUAUACAAUGACCUGUAUAUGCUUGACAUUGAGACUUUUGUGUGGACGAAGGUGGAAACUACACCUAGUGGUCCUUCUGCUAGAUUUUCUGUAGCUGGUGACUGUUUAGAUCCACAUAUGGGGGGUGCUCUUGUGUUUUUGGGAGGUUGUAAUAGAAAUCUGGAGGCCCUGGAUGAUAUGUAUUACCUAUACACAGGUAUUGCACAGGAAAGAGAACUCAGACCAGAGAAGUUAUCCUUAAGGAAGCAAUUGAAGCUGAAAUGUCAAGAGCAAAAUCUCAAUCUUGUCCAAAACCCAGUUCUGUGUGGAUAUGGAGUGGAUGCUGGCAGUAAUCAUCCUAUGUCAAUCUUAAACUAUAGCCAACAAAGUAAACUAAAUAUCCCAGUAAGGCAAUCCCUGCCUCCUGGAAAGAGAAUGUUUCAUGCCAAAGUUACGGAAAAAAUCUCAGCAGGAUAUACUAUUGAAACUGUUAUUGAUGGAAAGCCUCUUCAUGGAAUUCUGUUUUCAAACAAGCCAAACAUUCAAAGUCCAGUUGCUAAUACUUCCAAUAGGAAAAGGUCUGCUGGUGAAAUUGAAAAUGUUGAUUUAAAUGACAUGCUUACACAAUCAGACAAUGUAACAACUUCUGCAGUGCUCAGGCAAGAGAAAAUACAAAAUCAACCGGAAGUACGGGGAGAGAGUUCAGAAUUUCUUGAACGCCAUAAAGAAGCAGAUACUAUUGUUGCGUCAAGUACCCGAACAACAGCUGCGGACUCCUUAAAGGAUUCUGUCAACCCAGAACCUGAAGCUGUUUCUUUGAAUCUAAAUGAUGAGAAAAAUGACUCAUCAAAACCCUUAAUUGAGAGCUUGAAAAACGAUGGAUCCAAUGAUGAGACAAGUUCCAAAGGUGAAAUGCAAAUUGGAGAUGAAAUAAAUGUGCCAGUUUCCAAUUGUGAAAUUUCAGGACAAACGAGUGAUGCACCAAACUCUAAUGCUGAUGUCCUGAAACCUGCAGCAGCUGAGAGUUCUGUUUCUCCACCAAAUCAAGGUGUGACAGAUGAUUGCACAACUCCAAGGACAGAAAGCCAAAGUGAACAAGAAAAAUUAACAUGAAUUCUGGCAUUUUACAUUCCUUUUAUGAAGGUUGCAGCAGAUGCACAUAACAGUUUAAUAGAGAGAAACGUGCUAACUGGUGGGGAUAUACUGUUACCUACACAACAUAUAUUGAUCUUAAAUUGUUCGGCAAGACAAUUGUUACCUUAGGUAUAGAUAGUGUUACAAGUUUUUGUCUGUAACUCUUCAUUCAUUAGGAGAAAAAUAUUAAGAGGCUGACUAUAGGUGCCAACUUGUAAUAUUUUUUUCUUGUUUUCAUUUAUCUUGUCUUGGUAGUUUUGAGGCGAUUUUUUAUUUUCAUUUGGCAAGAUGACUGUUUCAGAAUUUGUUUUGCAAAUCACCAAUUCAGUUUUACUUUGACUCAUGGUUGUAGCAUGAU